AUGGAGCGUGCACAGUUGGAGGCUUUGUCGCGGCGUGAGCUUCAGUCCCUGGCCAAGAAAGAGGGUAUCCGCGCCAACGCAAAGACGCAGUCGCCACCAUCCCAGCUGAUCGAGAUGAGGGGACAGACGACACAGAUAGCGAGCUCGAGACCGCUGACGCUCCCAUGCUCUGAAGCGCGACGAAAAUGGUGUGACAGUCCAAAAUGUAUGCAGAUCCCAGUCAUGCCCACCAUUCCGAAGACAUCUCAGUCACCCAGCAUGAGCCACAGCAAAAGCGAGUCAUUGCGUUCGGAAAUUUUUGCCGAACUGGCCUCGCGCUUGGCUGCCAACCCUCGCACCCGACACUCCAGCCGAGGCAAGCCGGUGGCGCAGACGGCAGGCACAAGCAAGACCCAUGCACACGAUGAAAAUAUUCCCAGCUCCGGCUCGCAACUGCAACAGAAGUUCGACCGUCAGCACGCCAAGCUACGAGGCGAAGGAAUUGAAGCGUGGCAAGACCGUCGCAAUGCACGCGCUGCCAAGCUUCUCAAAGGCGUAUCCGUCAGUAGCCGUCUCUAUCGUGCCUCAACCACAAAGAAUGGUGGGAAAAAGGCACCCCAGGGCAAAGGAACAGAGAAGAAGCUUGGCGCAAGCACCAAGGCACCCAUGAAGCGGCAAGCCGCCUCCAAAGGUGCCGCCGGUUCAACUCUGUGUUGUCAUGACAUCCAGAAACGAGCUGUAGCAAGCAAUUCCCUUUCAAAGCCACGACAGGAGAAGCUUGCUGCUGCUGUUCAAGCAUCGCUGGCCGCGCAUGAGACCAGCAUCAGUCAAGUGCCAAGGAGCUCGCGAAAGCACGCCAGUCUGCGGCAGUCAAUUAUCCAACCAGUUGACGAGUUGACUCUUAAGCGACAGGCAGCUGCGGAGCGGCGCCAACGCAUGCUGAGUUAUCGUGCCCCUCGGCCCACGCCAUCCAAGGCUAGCGCCAAGUAG